AUGAAAUACUUAUACCUCCAGCUCCUCUGUGUACUCACAAUAACUGAACUUAUCUUCACCUGCAACGACAAACAGCGUGAAGUUAAUGGACGAUGCUGCAACAUUUGCCCUGAAGGGGAAUUUUUGUUUAGUCUCUGCAACGAGACCAACCAAACCCACUGUAAACCAUGUCCUCCGGGCCACUUCUCUGACAUCCCGAGUGUUUUUGACCGAUGCGUAAAGUGCCACACCUGUGAACAAGAAUACACCCAGAAAUGCACUCCUACCACAAAUGCUAAAUGUUCAUGUGGCAUUGGUUUCCUGUGUUCUGACAAUUUGUGCUCUUCUUGUGAGAAAGACAAAUGUGUCAUCGGGGAAAUACGCAAGGUAACAGUUGUUGUGGCCAAUAAACUGACAAAGUUUCAAUAUAAAUGUGAACCUAUAUGCCUGGAUCAUCAGUACUAUGAUGAGAAGAAAAACAUCUGCAUCCCAAGAACACAGUGCAGUGCCCACGGACUUGAUGAGGUUUUUGCUGGUAACAAAAGCCACAAUGCAAUAUGCCAGUCACAAGAGAUGCAGAAGAUAUAUAUGGUUGUCAUUGCUGGAUUUGUCCUAGUCGUCGCCACCGUUAUGGUGUUUUUAUCUUACCACUUAGCAAAGUUGAUAAAAAAGAUUAAAGCCUCCCAGGCUGUUGUGGCCACCAAUGGUCAGAUCUGGCCAUUGUCAAUGGAGGAGUCUGCAACCCCUGAAAACAAAGUGGAGAGCUUUGGAUGAAAACAUUAACAGUGUCAAACAGGACUUUAUAUCUUGGCCACUGCGCUCUGAGAGAUGGGCAGAGAGAGAGUGGCAGAUUGAGUUUUUAGUCCACUGAAGGUUAUACAAAGCUUUUGAAAAAAAAAAAAUUAAGAAUAGGGUGACACAGAAGUUGAUUUGAGCAGUUAAGAUGACCACUUGUUCAUCAAUGAGAUGUUUGUAUCUCUUGUUUACUGAUACAAGAGUGGAGUUGGAUCUUAAAGGUCCUAUAUUGCACAAAAUGAAUUCUUGUGAGCUUUAAGCUGUGUUAUAAUGUUAUCUCAGCAAAAAGAUACCCAGAGUUGUGUUUGGUUUCAUUCAUACGUGUUUAUUAUUAGUUUAUA